AAUCGCAGGUUAAUGACUGAUGUAUUAAUGGAAAGAUUAGAUAGCUAAGUUUAUUUUAAGUUAUCUAGUUGAUAAAUUUGGCACAGUAACGGUUAGUGAACUAGGAACCGUUAGUUUGUUUCGUUAUGACGAGUACGCAACAAAAAGCGUUUUGCGUCCUACGUUUCAAUAAGUGCGAGUCGGCAUUAACGGUUCAAUAUGAUUUACGAGGAACUUCAGUUCCCUGAUUUUCGAAGAACUUAGGGAACUGAAGUUCCUACUGCACAAAGCAUUCGACGUUGGCACCAAACGUUCCAAGAAAGUGGUUGUCUGUGUGCACAAAAACACUCAGAUCAACCUCGUACCUCUGAUGAAAACAUCGAGCAUGUUCGACAGUUUCGUUCGAAGUUCAUCCCUGGCCACCACGUUCCCCUGACCUCACAAUGUGUAAUUUUUCUUUUAUGGGACUACAUAAAAGAUAAUGUGUAUGUACCGCCAUUACCUACUAACUUGGAAGAGCUUAAAAUCAGAAUCAAAGAUGCUGUCAAUGCCGCGAUACCAGAAAUGAUCAGCAACAUUUGGGAAGAAUUUGAUUACCCUAUAGAUGUGUGUCGGGCGGCCGGUGGAGAUCAUAUUAAACAUUUGUAACCAAAAAUAUUGAUAUAUAUUAUACUCGAGAGCGUAUACAAGCAGAAAACAUGACCGGUCGGCAAAUACGUCGUCUACUGUACGGUUUGCUGAUCCUGGCACUAUUCGUCAUAGUCCUGCACAGCGGUCGUACCGCAUAUUGGCUUGCCAAAGAUGGAUACUACCCAUCAGAGCCGUCUGCAAACUUCCAUGCCGAGGCCCAAACUGACUACAGCGAACAACAGAACUUACAAUAUUUGGAAUUGCCAAUUCAACCUAUGACAUCCGAUUCUUUAAUGACGGAAAAAAAUGAAAUUUCAACGUUGCAGUUACCAUGGUAUUUUAAAGAUGGUGUGCUACGACCAACUAGAGCUCAAAUAAAUCCUAGGACUGGACAGAGAACGAGUCAAAUAUGGCCUAAGGAACAAAAGGAUGGCGAUCGCAUAGAAGAUCAACUUAUGUUUGUGCCCCCCAAUUAUCAAUACGACAAUGAACCGAUGAAGACAAUUUUGCUCUACAACGGUUUGAGUAACUGGAUGGUGGACGACGGACAAAACGCAUUUAUAUCGAAACAAUGUCCAGUGAACAGAUGUAAAAUUACAACUAAAAAAUCGGAAGCUCCAGACGUGGACGCAAUUUUGUUCCGUGAUCAUUUUACACAUCCCGGUCAUAGAAAAACCGGCAAACAGGUAUGGAUUUUAUAUUUCCUCGAGUCACCGUACCACACGGAACUCAUUACUUACAAUGACGUGUUCAACUGGACGGCUACUUAUCGACACGACAGUGAUAUCGUAACACCAUACGAACGAUGGGCGUAUUACGAUCCGUCGGUAACCCAAGUCGAACGACUAGAAAAGAAUUAUGCGUUCAACAAGACGAAAAAAGUCGCAUGGUUUGUGUCGAACUGUGGUGCCAAAAACGGAAGACUGCAAUACGCUAGAGAGUUGGCCAAAUACAUAUCGGUAGACGUGUACGGUGUGUGCGGACCCUUCAAGUGUCCCAGGUCGGAUAAGUGUUUCCAGAUGUUAGACCAGGAGUACAAAUUCUAUUUAGCUUUCGAGAACUCAAACUGCGUCGACUAUGUGACGGAAAAGUUUUUCGUCAACGGACUUCAGCACAACGUGCUGCCGAUCGUGAUGGGCGGCCACCGGGACGACUACGAACGGAUCGCGCCGAAGCGGUCGUACGUGCACGUGGACGACUACGAGUCGCCCAGACGGUUGGCCGAGUACCUGCACCGUCUGGACGCGGACGACGACCAGUACAACGAGUACUUCCGGUGGAAGGGCACCGGCGAGUUCAUCGACACCAAGUUCUUCUGCCGGCUGUGCGCGAUGCUGCACGACGACGGAGCGCCGGCCAAGCACUACCGGAACGUCAACGACUGGUGGCGCGGCCCGGGCGUGUGCAACAACGCGAUGCCGUGGCGGAGGUUCAUCGAGUCGUCCGACGAUGGCGGUGACCAGGCGUCGUCGAUAGGUGGCCGCGGCGGUCAAUAGCGUUUGCCACAGGCGGCCGCCGUGGCGUUGGACUUCAUCACCGGACGCCGCAGCCGCCGCCGCCGCCGCACCGGCCGACUCGGCGAGGACCCGUUGUCGCGGGCCGACGACGACGACAUCGACUUUUGGGCGCCCGGCGGCGCGGCCCCCGUGCAACCGCCACCGGCCACCGGAAGAGCACCGCCGCCACGGUCACCGCCUCCGCACCAGCGGCCGGUCGCGCGCAAACCAGGGCCUUCGCCACCUCCGCCGCACGUGCGUAUGUCGAGCGCUUCGCGGAGACGUCGCAGGGGUCGGCGAAAUUGACCUAACCACGGCGGCCGCGUUAGACCUUAACCACAACUCGUGUUCCGUUCGCCGAAGUUACGUUUCUUUGGUGUUGAGACAUGAUGCGUUGUGUAUUCUAAUGUGUAUUUCACAGAGUUCUCAAAUCCUCCCCGACCCUUUACCGCCUGCCAACGUGUUUCACGGCCGAGUAGACGCAAAACGAUUGCGGUCCGACCGACCCACCGAGGGCUGACUGUGUACACGCUGGGUAUCGGAAAACGCGGAUACUCAUCCGGAAAAAAUUGGAUAACCGAAUGCAAAAAAAAAUAGAAUUUAUUUUUUUUUAAGUAUUUUUUUUUAGGUAUUUAAUACCUAUUUACGUUUAGCGUUGCACAUCUCAAGCAACCUGUGCCAAACGAAAAAUAGGAAUCUGAUGUAAUGUAAAUUCUCGAUACAAUUACGAAUACGAACCGAAGUAUGGUUCGUUUUACUGUAUGGUUUGGAAAAUAUAAUUAACCGAUUUUCAGCGACAGACACAAUUUUAUAAAGUUACAUUGUUGUACGGCAACCGUACUGCUAUAGGACCAAUAUUCCUUAUAAUGUUAUUCACAUAAAUACUGAAACCUUAAAAUUAUUGUAGGAUUACGAUUAUAAAUUACUUCCGUAGUAUUUUAAUAUAAACUCGUUGGUAAAAAUUGCAUUUAUAUUACGUUACAUUUUUUUUUAAAUAAAUCUGUAAAUAUUAAAUCAUGAUGAAAAUGUUACCUAGUGAUAACCGAUGACGAUUGACAAGCGACUUGCUAGUAUAUACAUCCGAAAUAAUAAUCACCACAGCUAGUUAAUACCCCUCAACUACUACUUUCCCCAUCCUACCACAACCAAAAAACACACCAUCGAAAACGGAUAUGUUUUUAGUUAAUUUUGUUUCGACUUCAUAUCUUGAAUAAAUGAUAAUCUUCCGAAGUUACAUCGGUCUAAUUGUCUUCCAUCGGAAAAUAUUAUUAAUAACGUUCUGUGUAAUAUAAUUAUUAUUUAUUAU